UCUCCCUUAUCUCUCUAAAUUUUCUUUUAAUUCUUUGGUCUUUGUUCUUAACAAGAAUAUAAUAUUUCUUCUUCUUCAAACAUAUUUUAAUUUUAUCCUCUAGCUAGUUAAUUAGUUUCCUUAUACCCAAACAAACACCCAACUACCAACGUACCCUAACAUUCUUGUUAGUUUUAACUAAAACAAUAUAUGCAGUCAUCAAUGAGCAAGGGUGCAUACGAUAGUCAUCAACUUUUGUCCAAGGUUGCAACCAACAACGGGCACGGCGAGGAUGUUGAGUAUUUUGAUGGGUGGAAGGCUUAUGACAAUGAUCCUUACCACCCUACCAAAAAUCCUAAUGGUGUAAUUCAAAUGGGACUUGCAGAAAAUCAGCUUAGCUUUGAUUUGGUUAAAGAAUGGAUGAUUAACAACCCACAAGCGUCCAUUUGUACUCCAGACGGUGUCAAUAAGUUUACGGAUAUUGCUAUAUACCAGGAUUACCAUGGCUUGCCCGAGUUCCGAUCUGCUGUAGCAAAGUUCAUGGGGAAAGUGAGAGGUGAUAGAGUGACCUUCGACCCGGAAAGAAUAGUAAUGAGUGGAGGAGCCACCGGAGCAAAUGAGACCAUCUUGUUUUGCUUAGCUGAUCCAGGAGACGCAUUUUUGGUUCCCUCUCCUUAUUAUCCAGCAUUUAAUCGUGAUUUGGGGUGGAGAACUGGCGUGAAGCUAAUUCCAAUCACUUGUGAAAGUUGGAAUGGUUUCAAAAUUACCAAACAAGCCUUAAAUGCAGCAUAUGAAGUUGCACAAAAGAAUAACAUCAGGGUUAAAGGAGUAAUUAUCACUAACCCUUCUAAUCCCUUAGGAUUAGUCCAAGAUAAGGAUACCCUAAAAAUGUUGGUUAACUUUGUUAAUGACAAAAGUAUUCACUUAGUGUGUGAUGAGAUAUAUGCUGCAACAGUGUUUAGCUUGCCAAGAUUCACUAGUGUAGGUGAGGUUAUUAAGGACAUGCCUCACAUUAAUAGUGACCUUAUUCACAUAAUCUAUAGCUUGUCCAAGGACAUGGGCAUGCCAGGGUUCCGAGUAGGGAUCGUUUACUCAUACAAUGACCGAGUUGUGACCACUGCUCGUAGGAUGUCUAGCUUUGGACUCGUUUCUUCACAAACGCAACACAUGUUGGCCGCCCUUUUAUCUGAUGAUGUUUUUGUUCAAAGGUUCCUUGAUACGAGCAAGCAAAGACUAUCGCGCAGGCAUCAACAUUUCACAGGGGAGUUGUCACGUGUAGGGAUAGAGUGUCUAAAGAGCAACGCAGGGCUAUUUGUAUGGAUGGACUUGCGACACCUUCUAGAAGAGGUAACAAAGGAAGGGGAACUAAAGCUAUGGAGAGUAAUAAUAAAUGAUGUGAAGAUAAAUGUAUCACCAGGCUCAUCUUUCCAUUGCGCAGAGCCAGGAUGGUUUAGGGUAUGCUUCGCAAACAUGGAUAAUGAGACAGUGGAAGUAGCACUCCAAAGGAUAAGAUCCUUUGUAAGUCGCGGUAAAAUGGAAGUGAAACCAAAAGCCAGCUUUAGGAAGAGGAAGGAACAGAUGCAACUUGGUCGACUUAGCUUUAAUAAUCGAAGAUUUGAGGAAAGUUUGUUAUCACCUGAUUCAACCAUUCCACAGUCUCCACUCGUUAAAGCCAGAACUUAAAACAUCAAUCAAAUAAUAUUAUGUAUAAAUAUAUUGUAGUUGUGUGUGUGUGUGUGCCUAAGCUAGCUUGUUUAUCUUAAAUAACUUAGAAGUUAAGCUAGCUACUAAUUAAGAUUCAUAUAAUGGUUUUUGUAGUUUAAUCUGAUCAUAUAUUCAGAUAGGCUAUUUUUUUCCCCAAACUAUUUAAUUCUUUGGGGUUUAUAUAUGUGUAAUAGAUAGCUAGCUAGCUAGUUAGGGUGUUUAAUUGCCUUUUUCAUGCAUGUAGUACCUGUUUUGUGGGUGCUUAUGACCAGCUAGUGAUCAAGUUAUUGACAAGUGCUUGAUAUUUAUUCACAAAUCUUUUAUAUAAAUAAAUAGGAAUUUAUAUUUGAGAAAUGUAUUUGAUCAUUUAA